AUGGAAGAAACUCAAAGAAUUCAGCGCUCACGAAAGGGACACAGAGCUCAUUUGACAAAGGUUUUAAACAAGGCUACAACAAUAAUGGAGAAUGACGAAGCCCCAAACGCCAUGCAGAUUGCUUCGUUCACCGCUACUAUUGAACAACUCGCAAGGAAAAGAACCGUAUUGAACGAACUGAACGAAAAACUCUUAGCUAUGGUCGAAGAUCCUGACGGACUCGAACAAGAAAUCAUGGAAGCAGAGGAUAUUGAAUGUGAAAUCAACGAGAAAAGUGCUCAGAUAAGUGCCUUUGUUUUGUCUUGUAAUACUGUUAAGAAUCCAGUAAUCUCACAAGUUAAUGCACCCCAAGUUAUUACAUCUCCACUACAAGUUAAUGCACCCCAAGUUAUUACAUCUCCACCACAAGUUAGUGCACCCCAAGUUAUCACACCUCCACAACAAGUUAGUGCACCCCAAGUUAUCACACAUCCACAACAUGAUAAUUCACCACAAACCAUUCCAUCUCAACAAGUCAGUGAAUCACAACCCACUACAUCCUCAACACUCGAAGUAAAUCCAUUGCAAACCCCACCAUUAAACCAAGAACAAUCAGUCACUGUUAACGAAUCCGAAGGUGUUAGUUCAAUGAAUACUAGCACUAAUACUGGUAAUCUUCCAAUGAACUAUCAAUCCAACCCAGUAUCACCAACAUCUCACCCCAACCCCAAACCAUGUGAGUCGUUUACCCAAAUUAAACUUACCAACGUUUUCUGGAAACCCCUUGACUUGGAACACAUUUUGGGACACAUUUAAUGUAGCUGUAAAUUCAAAUCCGAAUCUUGAAGGGGUACAAAAAUUUAACUAUCUAAGAGCCCAAUUAUCUGGAGAUGCUGCCAGAGCUAUAGCUGGAUUCCCACUUACCAACAACAACUAUAAACAAGCUGUAGACCUUCUCAAAACUAGAUUUGGAGAACCCCAAAAGAUUAUUAAUAAUCACAUGCAAGCUCUAUUGAACUUACCCAACCCAUCCAAUGACCUAACUAACCUACAGCAAUUCUAUGAUUCUAUGGAAACCCAUGUAAGGGGUCUUGCUUCCCUUGGUAAAUCUCAGGAAUCAUAUGGAGAUCUUCUCGUCCCCAUAAUCCUUGGCAAACUACCCAAUAAUCUUAGACGAAACUUAGCUCGAGAACACAGUAACCCGGAAUGGACAUUCUCUCAAUUAAGAGAAUCCAUUUAUAAGGAAAUUAAAAUUCAGGAAGCAGGGAUACCCAGUUUUGAAAAUAGAAUCACACCUGAAAAUCAUGCUCCUAUCACAUCAUCAUUCCUAUCACACAAUCGACAUGAAACACCACCAAGAUAUGUUCCACCCAUUCAUCCUAAACCGAAGAAAUGUGUUUAUUGUAAGGAAGAACAUUCAUCUAAUGAAUGUGCUACAAUCAAAGAUUGUUCAAAACGUUGGGCAAUUGUAAAGGAACAGAAACUUUGUUUCAAUUGUUUGGGUCACCACAAAUCCUCAGCAUGUCUGUCAAAGUUUCGCUGUCGCUCAUGUAAGGGAAUACACCAUACCAGUCUCUGUAAUGAAGGUCAGCCAAAACCUGAAAUACCUUCACCAGCUGCAAACGUUACUGGGAACACCUCGGGUACUGUUGUCCACACCACUAUGACCCCUAUUGCCCCCCUGACUAAUCCCACCCACACGGAAACCUUGCUCAAAACAGCCAUAGCAACAGUUGGUAAUCAGAUCACCUACUGUGAAGCAAACAUUCUCUUUGACGAAGGAGCACAAAGAUCAUUCAUUACCAAAGAUUUAGCAACCCGCUUGCAACUACAACCCACAGAAAGAGAAUUUAUCAGUGUAUCUGGCUUUGGUGCUCAAACUUCAGCUGCAAGGUCCCUCGAGUCCACCGUCAUCAACCUUAAGACCAUUACCGAAGAUGAAAUCCCACUACGCGUACUAAUUGUUGAACGAAUAGCAACACCACUUCAACUUCGUUCACAUCACCAUAUCAACAACAUCCCACAUCUGAAGAACCUUCAACUUGCACACCCUGUAACAAAUGAUGAGAAUUUUGAAAUUUCCCUCCUCGUUGGAGCCGACCAAUACUGGGACAUCAUCGAAGACCAAGUCAUCCGUGGAAAUGGGCCUACUGCCAUGAAAUCCAAAGUUGGUUAUCUACUGUCAGGUCCACUAAAAACUGACCAACCAGUACAUUCGAUUGCAAAUUUUCUCCAGAUAUCCUCAGAUGAGUACGACCUACAACGAUUUUGGUCUCUAGAGUCAUUGGGAAUAACACCACCAACUGAAAAUGAUCCUCAUAAACAAUUUCUCGAACAGUAUCAACAAUCAUUCAUCAGCCGUGACACGAAUGGCAGUUACAUAACAGGAUUUCCGUGGAAACCAGAACACCCACCUCUCCAAUCUAACUAUACACGGUAUGCGAAAGGAGAACAAGAUCGAUGGCACGUCGCCUCAAACAAACACCGGAACUACUCCAGACAUAUAGUAAUAUCAUCACCGAGUAUGAAGUCGUGGAUUUAUAGAGAAAGUUCAAACAACUCAACACUCAGAUAAAGCUCAUUAUAUUCCCGAGCAAACGAUAAAGAAAGAUGAACUAGUUAUGGUCCACGAUGAUAAACCCAGAAACACAUGGAAAUUAGCAAUCAUAGAAGAACUUAUUCGAGGAAACGAUGGAUUAGUGCGAGCCGCAAACAUCCGCACAAAAAAUGGUCGCACGAACAGACCAAUCACCAAAUUAUACCCGUUAGAGAUCUCCGCAGAAAUUAGCAAAGAACAACAGAAACAAUCGAAUGGCGCGGAAGAAACCGACACGCGAACAAUUGCUGAAAACAAUUCAUCACGACCAAAGAGAGCGGCGGCUCUAAUAGCCUGCUCACAGACGUUGUAGUUCUUACGCCAAGCGACGAAAUACUACCGUCUGCUUACCCGAGCUGCAUAUUCAGUUCCCUUUGUUUUAGCCGAGCCAAUCAUCUGGCAGUGUUCAAAAACACUAGAGCCAAUUGGAAGCCGCCUUAUAUAUUGAGAGAUUAGCUACUGGGAAAAGCCCUUGCACAUGCAUUGGAAUAUAUUGUUUGGGUUGAAACUUGAAAUUUGUUUACUUGCGUGGAUAUAUUUUGGAAACUAUAGCGUUGAACUUCACGAUGUUUACGUAGAAUAAUAUUGUUAUCAUCUUCUCGCAUGUUCAACAAACAAUCGGUGUAUAUAAAGUGCUAAAGCAAUGGAGUAGGCGAAAUUUAAAUUUUUGUUUAUAACAAUGACAAACAAUCAAUCGGGAACCAGGAUAUGUCCAAAUGUUGCUCUUGAUACUUCCUAUAUGCCAUGACUUCGACGAAAACUUCUAAAAGAUUAAGUUCUCAUUGUCAUGUAGAAAAGUAUAGCCAAGUUAGAGUAUAUUAAACGUUUCGAAAGUUUGGGCGAAUUGGAAAAUUCAUCACGGCGCAAUUUUAAUACAAGUUUCUCGGGUUUGUGUUGUGUUUACAGUUUACAUUCAGAAGUGGUUGCUCAGACAGCAAAUUAAUUUACUUUGAAGCUAAUAUUUCGCUUUCUAAGCCACAGUAUUAUAUAAAAUUUUCUGUCUUCCGAGUUCUGUUGUCUUAUAAAGAUAAACCGUUCAAAUUUCAGCGAAAUAUAUUCGGCAUUUGAUGCCGUCUGGCUAAGAUUCAUACAGUAUAAAUAUGCCAAUCCUGUCCGCGUUUUAAAUAUAUUAAACCGAACAUCUUUAAUAUCCAAAUCUGAUCAUUAAUGGUGCAUUUUAUUACCUGGACAAGUAUCAGUAUCUUUAAAUUCAAUUUAUGUGCAAUUUUGACCAAAAUUCAACCGACGACUGCUUUCAAAAUAUAUAUUUAUUCCGCUCCUAAAUCAACUGACGUCACUUUCCAGAAUUUGGAAGGUAAAUUCUGAUUGGUCGACGUAGCGGAAUUCAGUUUGGCGCUCGGGUAAGCAGACGGUAGUAUUUCGUCGCUUGGCGUAAGAACUACAACGUCUGUGAGCAGGCUACGGCUCUAAGAGCAAGAAACAAAAUUUCAAAAUGGGUCGAAGAACUUUCCCCGGCCCCGGAGGAUGUUGAAUAAUGCUAGAUUAGAUUACUAACUUUAAACCUAUCUUUAUCUUUAAAGUAGAUCAUUAACAUGCAUAUUUCUAGGCUAGUUUUGGGUUAGCUGUGCCUCGGUCACAUGACAGUUGUUUUGGCGCACUUUUAUAUAGUUUUAGAAAAACUCGAAACACAACGCUUUGUAAUAGUUUUAUACACAAUAAUAUUCAACCAAACAAACCUGGUCCUCGUCUUUUACGACAAUGUAUUGCAUUUUUGAUUAGUUUAAUAAUUUUGAGCGAUUUGUGAACAAUACAAUUUCGCUUGUCUUUCAAAGGCCAUAAAUCGCUAGAAUACUGUAGUUUAGUAAUACAUUUGACAUCUGUGAGUAUACUUUCUUACACUGAAUCGAACGGUGGUAUUUUUGUCCUUAUUGGGCGCAUAAAACCAGAGAUAAGACGCAGCAAAAAGUCAAUCGUGAGAGUUCGAGAUUAAUUCGAAAGAAAACUUUCCUCGAAAAAAGGAAUUCGGAAAACGUGAAGGAUUAUUUUGAGCGGCUUUUGUCUUUCAAAGGCGACAAAUCGCUAGAAUAGAAGUCAAUUUUGAAAUCAAUUUUCCAUCCGUAAACACAACAUUUCACGCUGAUUCGAACAGUGGUAUUUUUGUCCUUGUUUGACGCAUAAAACCAGAGAUAAAUUAAUUAGUGAGUUUAAGAUACCCCGGUUUCGGUGUACGGGUACGAGUAGUGUCAUCUUGUUUACUAGUUUUUACUGAUGUCUGUAAUUCAAUCAUACUUUUUCUGUUUUCUUGCAACAAGACAAUGAUAUAAUGGGGAAAAUGUGCACCUUAAUUACGAGUAAAGGUACAGACAUCGACGAAAAUAUUGCUAACCAAAAUCAUGCUACCCGUACCCGUACACCGAAACCGGGGUAUCUUAACCUCUCUAAUAGAGAGGUUAAGAUACCCCGGUUUUUCGGUGUACGGGUACGAGUAGUGUCAUCUUGUUUACUAGUUUUUACUGAUGUCUGUAAUUCAAUCAUACUUUUUCUGUUUUCUUGCUACAAGACAAUGAUAUAAUGGGGAAAAUGUGCACCUUAAUUACGAGUAAAGGUACAGACAUCGACGAAAAUAUUGCUAACCAAAAUCAUGCUACCCGUACACCGAAACCGGGGUAUCUUAACCUCUCUAUUAGAGAGGUUAAGAUACCCCGGUUUCGGUGUACGGGUACGGGUAGCAUGAUUUUGGUUAGCAAUAUUUUCGUCGAUGUCUGUACCUUUACUCGUAAUUAAUUGGCUAGGAAUUUCAUGCGAGCUACUUUGACUUUUACUUUUUGAGGUAAGCCCCCUCUCCAAUAACCACCCGCAUCAAUAAGCCCCCCGCAUGAAUAUUCCCUUCAUUAAGCCAUCCACUCUAGUUAAUAAGCCACCUCUCAAAUAAGCCAGCAACCUCAAAGGUGUCUGAAGUACAUUAACCGAGUGGGACUGUGGGAGUGAAUUGAGGAUGUUAGUGCUACUAAUUGCACUGCAAAUAAUACGGAUGGUAAUGCCUAUGGUGCACUUGAUAUUACCUUCAAUAAACAUUUCCUGAAUUGCUUAAUUGAGUGCACAUGAGACAAUGGUACGAGGCUGACAGUACUUAACUAUAUUGUAUUGUAUUGUCAACGUCGAGUUUACGCUAUUGUUUCACGUGUAUAGUGUUCUUCAACAAAUUUUGAAAGUUCUAUGCACGACUCACCUGCAGAAUGAAUGGUUUCAACAUGUUGCGACGCUAUCGCUGCUGACGGACGUGAUGACGUUGGACUUGGAGUAGUCCUGGCAUAAAUGAUUUCACGUGUAGUUUGAGUUAUAAGCUGGGCACUUGACGAUGUGUUAUUUUCAUAUAAUAACACUGGAACUGAAGAAAAUUAAAUCAAUAACGUAUGAUAUACAGGAAUAUUUUCAACUCGUUACAGUCUGUAUUCAUAUAGUAUUGACCCUGUAGUGACUUUAGUCGAUCUAACGCCAUACUUGAAAGUUUAAUCCACGGACAGACGAAUUAAGGGUUAAUUAAACAUUUUUAUUAAGAACUUAACUCGCUAAUUCUUCACCGCCCGUAUCGGUCAUAUACAUAAAUGAAAAUGAAUUUCAUCUUCCUAGCAGAGUCGUUUUUGUCUGCAUGUCUCGACAUGUCAUUUCAUCACUUAUUAUUUGGGGAAAAUUUUCUUAUCGAAUUGGUUCGUAAUGCAGGAAAAUGUAGCUUCAAUAAUAAUUUUUGAACGAUGACUGAUGCAGUUAACUGUAGUUCCUAAAUGAAAAUAAAACUUAGUUAAACAAUAAUAGAAAUAUUUAUGUCUUACCACUUGUUUGUAGUAAAACCAGCAACGAAGCGAAGCUGAUUACUUUCAUAGCUACAGCGUUGAACCACGGCGCUCAAAUAGAUGAUCAAUCUUCACAAAAAUUACAACCAAUAGGAUAUAACACAACGAACGUCUCCAG